AUGAUAUAUCUUCCUUCGGCGGCGGUACCACUCGUCUCAGAGCAUCUUGAGCUGCGUACAACUCUGUCGUCACCGCUGCUCCCCACGGAGCUAUGCGAGACUAUCAUCGACUUCGUCCGCCCGGACUGCGACCACUGGUUCGAUUACCCUGAGCAGAGGCCCACCCUGCUCGCAUGCGCCCUUACGUGUCGUUCCUGGCGACCCAGGGCGCAGCUCAAUCUCUGGAAGGCUGUGCUUUUCGAGCACAGCGAGCGCAUCAUCCCCGAGUUCUUCGUAGCGGUCCGCAGCGACCCUCUGCGGCUCGCGCCGCUCGUGCGCUCGAUGUGCAUGCAUCCGUUCGGUGAAGUGUCGCUGGAGGUGUUCAUGGGCCCCACGCUCCCGAACCUGCGCGUACUCACGAUAGAGGAGGUGUCGUGGAAGAUGUUUCCCGCGCGGGCGUCGCGCAUGCGGCUGCCGUUGCUGGCGAGCAUUGCGCAGCUCCAGCUAUGCGCGUGCAGCUUCCACACGGUCAAGGAUGUGUUUGACAUCGUGUGGGCGUGCGCGAGCCUAGAGCGGUUCACGAUGCUGAAGUGCUCGUUCACGCGGGAGCGUCUUACCGAGGCGGAGGCCGCCCGCCUCAGUGUGAUGCGGAAGCGUCCUGGGGCGUGCGAGAGGCUAACGGAACUGAAGCUCUAUGGACACCCCUUCGACCACGCUUCCACGCCCUCAGGCAGCGUAUUUGGUUCUGUCGUUAGCAAACUCGAUAUCGCCUAUUGGGACCUGUCUGAAUCUGUUGACUCUCUUCCGCGUAUCCUCGCCUCCUACGUCUCACUCCACACACUCAUCCUUACCGGAUUUAUCUGGGACAUAGAAAUUUGGAACGAACGCCCCGCCCUCAUUCCCUCUCUCGCCACCACCCUUGCCAACCCCGCCGCUCUUCAUACGCUGAUCGUGCACAUUGAGACGAGCUACGCGACAGACGAAAGCACGAUUGAUGCCAUCUGCGGGCAGGAGGUAGCGGAUAUAGCAUCGGGGCUGUCGCUGCGGGACGUUCUGUGCAGCCUUACACGUCUUGAAGUGCGUAUCGCCGGCGUGCCGUUCGUCAGAGAGAAAUGGUGGUCCACGCAGAUAUCGGAGCGCUUGCCUUGCAUGCGCGACGUAGUGGCGGUAACAGUAAUGAAGAUCAAGGAGGCGCACAAAGAAGUUCCAAGGAGUACGGCCACGUGCAUUUGGCACUUCGUGGAAGCAGAAGCUACGCAAACCCGUUGCCAUACGCUUGAGGGCUGCUUGCAGCGUGUCUUCCACACCACUUGGAGGCCACUUCUCUGCGACGAGAGGCCAAGCUGGUGGUACAGGCGGCCCCUCUCUCGGCUCCGCACAGCUCCUGCUAGGCCCGUAUCCCCUCCUUCCACCCCCGGGCCACCCCAAGACAGUAAGCAGUCGAUGGCGAACUCUGUACCUCGGAAGGCCGCCGACGGUUCCACUAUCAUCCUCGAGCUUCCUCUGGACGCCGCAUCGACAAACGAAAUAGACAUCACGUCCAUCGCUACCCCCGAACGCUUCCGCGCCGUGGACUGUACUGCCCUCUCAGACCAGGCGAACCCGGUUCUUCGAAUCCACGAAUUCGACGCUUUCGGCACCUCGCGGAUUAAAUUCUGCGCGAUCUCUUACAUCUGGAGGGGAAACCCUGUGCGAGAGCCCGCAGGAGAAGCUCGCGGUACCAUCGUAGUCGAGGAUGCAAGAGACGGGGAUCCAAUUAGCCUCGACGUCCUACGCCACGCGUCCAUCGCCGUCGUCAAUGGAAACCUGAGCUACUUGUGGCUGGAUCGACUCUGCAUUAUGCAAACACAUCCGGACGACAAGGCGUGGCAGAUCCGGAGGAUGUUCGACAUCUACAAGCAGGCUGGUGUGUGCCUUGUCUUACCUGGCGGAGUCGGCCGACUCGUAGGCUUAGACGAGGAAAUCGAGUGGAUCCUUCGGGCGUGGACUUUGCAGGAGGCGAUCGUACCCCCAAUCACACAGGUCCUGUUCUCUAUCGCUGGUCUGCCCGUCCCCGCAGAAAGCACGAUGGGGGUUCUGGUCACCGACAAAUCACACCCUUUCGGCUACUGCAUUGCGAACUACGUUGUUCACGGCCUCUCGGCCACCGCGGACCUCCGAUCCCUGCUGCGCGCAAUCCGCGUCCCCUCCCCUCACCCUCACUUCAACUUCCACCCUACCGACGCUUCUGUUCCCAUUCUCCCCAAGAUAUUCGGCGCCCUUGACAAACGGCGGCGGGAGCUCCUCGCCCUUGCGGACGCCGCUGAUACCAUCUGGUCGGGCAGCAACUGGUCACGGCAGGCGCUGUGGCAGUCCUCCUUUCUGCGCACGUCCAAGCGCCCCGUAGACAUGGUGCUCAGUAUCAUGGGUCUAUUCGGCGUGUCCCUCGACCCCCGCCGCUAUCGCUCGGGCGAUCGCAUCUCUGCCACCAUCGCACUCGCGCAGGAGUACCUCCGGACGGGCGGGCAAGCGGAAUGGCUCAUCGCGGGCUGGAACGAGCCCCCUGACCGGCGGCUCUCGUCGUUCCCGGAGCUCCCGGAGACAACCGUCGCAGCACCGCCCCGGUUUUCCGCGGCGAGGAGAGACGUUGCUCAAGAGGCGGACAGCAGUGUUCACCUUGAUAUACGGCUGCGCUUUUCGUCGCAACAGGCGCCGUAUGGAAGCAUGGACAAUGAUGGCUACUUUCAUUUCGCGGCCAAAGCGACUCGAGUGGUGAAGUCUUCUCUGGCAGCACCAUCUUCCACUAUGCUAGGCGGGACACCAAAAUUACCAAUGAUCGCCGCUUUGGAUGGUACACAGUGGGUCCUCUGCUCUGAUGAGGGUCUUGGAAUACCGGACUCGACAUCGACUACCAACGCCGAUAACGAAGAGCGGGUCUUGUACUCUAGGGCAGUUCUACUACAGCAGCACGCUCCGCGCAAGUACCAUCGACUUCCUGUCUUUUUCGAGCUUAGCCUCUCCGUGCCGGAAGGGUGGCGAACGAUGGACUUGAACAUGGGUCCAGUGAUAGACUGA